AUGUGGGAUUCUAUCAACAUAUUUUGUAGCAGAGUUGGAGACAGUGCUGGAUCUGGGUCUUCACUGUUCGCAUUCAGAACUUAAAGAUCCAAAACUGAAGCAACUAUAUUAGAAGCUAAUAUACGAUCAGCUCCAAAAGGAAACUGCACUAUGAAAUCUGCAAUUGCUGCUCUCAAUCUAAUGUUUGAAAUCCGCAAAGAAAGAGAGAAGACGGACGUUUUCCAUAUGUACCUAGUUUGCACCAACCAGACGACUUAUGAGAAUUUCAGAUACCGGUAUGAUAAGAUGGAAAAUCCCUUUAAUAAAGGCAUAUUAGGGAACUUCGGGGAGCUGUUCUUCUCCAAAUUGCCUCCAGCAAUGGUCAAAUUUCGAGCAUGGACUACAGAAUAUGAUGAUCAGUCAGUAAUUUCCAGUUUUCGAGAUUGUGCUGGAGGUUUCAUUAGUUCCAAAGAGAAAUUUGACAUAGAAAUGGGUGGCAAGCAUGACAAGGAUGGCUUAGUCCCUGCACGUAUUUUACAGAUUAUGGAUUACUGUGAUGCUGAUGGUGGUCUGAAGAAGGGUGAUGGUUAUGAUCCAUUCUUCCAUGCUACUAAUCAGGAACCCCAAAAUUGACAAAGAUUCUCUACUACUGAAUGAUAGGUCCCAAAUGGACUACAUUGCUGAUCAAAAAUUAAGGUAAAGCCCCUACUUCCUUCGGUUUAUUAUCAUUAUGUAUAUAAGCAUGUAAUUGUUAGUAUUUUUAGACGUAAGCAUUUGUCAUCAAGGGGAAUGCUAAAGGCACUCUCUAUGACACUCAUUUUUGAAUACUUUUUAUGUGAUUAAAACACAUGUAAUCUA